AUGGCCGCAUCCUGGGACAAUCACUCCGAAAUGGAGCAUCGCAACCGUCUGCCAACGCUCUUUGAGGUCCUUAGUCGUCAUACCUUGGCCCCCGUCGAUCUUUUCUCCUUCUAUAUCUACAUGCGCGACCAGCAGCGAUCAGUGGACUAUCUUGACUUCUGGCUUGAUGUUUCCCAGCACAUGUCCCUAUGUCGCCAUUAUGUUCGAGAGCUUCGACGGUCUGUUCUCGUCGCAACCCCCGACAUGGAGCGCGCCGAUAGCAUGCACUCGUCUGCCAUGUUAGAGAACUUGGAGAACUUGGGGGACAUUCCUCUGCAGGAGGCUGGCCCUUCGCGUGUCCCCGGGAGCGAAAAGGACCGGGAUGCCAACCACCGUCUCUCUGCUUUCUUGCGUUCUGAAGGGGCCACCUCAAACCACUCGCCACAAAACAGCCUUGGCUCUCAAUCGGCCCAUCGUACCGCGUCCCCAGACCAACAACCACGCCCCAGUGAAGGCACUUUCAAUGGGGACUCCCCAGGUCACACAGUGGCUCGUAACGACAUUCGUGCCAGUGCUGAAAAGAUCCUGUACACCUAUCUUCUGCCCGGUUCAGAGCGAGAGAUCAUUCUGCCUGAAAUGAUGACAUCUACCAUAAUCAACUUAAUUGAAGAUGACGGACGUGACGACCCUGAGGUGUUCGACCCCGCUAAGGACUAUGUUUUCCAGGCCAUGGAGCGGGAUGCGUUCCCCGGCUUCUUGCAAGCCAAGGCAUUGGGUAACCUUGUUCCUUUGAGCAUUCUCAUUCGCUUGGUUGUUGCUUUGGUCAGCUUUGGAGGUGGAUUCUGGGCCGCUUUUUAUGUGGUCUUGCGCAACAAGCCUCGAAACAUCCGAUGUUGGGUUAUUCUGCCAUUCUUAGUCGCUUCCUAUCUCAUCGUUUCCUACCAGUACAAGAUUGAUCCUGCUAUGGCCUUCCUGGGCUACAGCGAGUAUACGUUUUUGAACUGGGCACCGAUCCGCGAGCCUUACGUUCGACAACUCUUGAACAAGCGUGCUCUUGUCACGACAGCCAUCGCCUUCCUCACAGCUGCCGCUUUGAGUGUCCUUUUCAUCUUCGUCCCCGGAACCAUGCUAUGA